AUGGGCGGCGCCAUGGCGUCUCGCCUCAUCUCCGCCGGCUACUCCGUCACAAUCUACGCCCGCACCCCCUCCAAAGCCGCAUCACUCCUCUCCCUCGGCGCAAAGCUCGCCGAUUCCCCAAUCGACCUCGCCGCCGCCUCCGACGUCAUCUUCACCAUGAUCGGCCACCCCUCCGACGUCAAAUCCCUAGUUCUCGACACUCUCCUCCCCUCCCUCCCCCCCGGCGCCGUCCUCGUCGACCACACCAGCAGCGAUCCCGCCCUAGCCCGCCAGAUCCACGAUUCCGCUCUCCAAAACCGCUGCCACUCCGUCGAUGCGCCGGUAUCCGGCGGCGACCUCGGCAUGGUGCUAGACUAA